CAUGUGUGAAUUCCCCCGGCAAGUGAUCAGAAAUGGCAGAAAGAGGAUACAGUUUCUCCCUUACCACAUUCAGUCCCUCGGGAAAACUGGUCCAAAUUGAAUAUGCUCUCGCAGCCGUAGCAGCAGGUGCUCCUUCUGUCGGAAUCAAAGCUUCAAAUGGAGUGGUGCUGGCAACAGAAAAGAAACAGAAAUCCAUACUGUAUGAUGAGCAGAGCGUACACAAAGUGGAGCCAAUAACCAAACAUAUAGGCAUGGUCUACAGCGGUAUGGGUCCAGACUACAGGGUGUUGGUGCGGAGAGCACGGAAGUUGGCCCAGCAGUACUUCCUGGUGUACCAGGAACCUAUUCCGACUGCCCAGCUUGUACAAAGAGUGGCUUCUGUCAUGCAGGAGUACACACAGUCAGGUGGUGUGCGUCCUUUUGGCGUGUCUCUCCUAAUCGCUGGAUGGGAUGAAGAUCGCCCCUACCUCUUUCAGUCCGAUCCAUCUGGUGCAUAUUUUGCCUGGAAAGCAACAGCAAUGGGAAAGAACUAUGUUAAUGGAAAAACAUUCCUUGAAAAAAGAUACAAUGAAGAUCUGGAACUUGAGGAUGCCAUUCACACAGCGAUCCUGACCCUGAAGGAAAGCUUUGAGGGUCAGAUGACUGAAGAUAACAUUGAGGUUGGCAUCUGCAAUGAAGCUGGUUUCAGGAGACUCUCACCUGCAGAGGUUAAAGAUUACCUGGCAGCUAUUGCCUAAAGUUCUUCAUUGCUCUGAUUGGAUUUUCUUUUUUUCUGUUGUUGUGUUUAUAAUAAAUUACAAGAACUGUAUUUUCAG